UUCAUUCGACACGCCGCGGGAAUAUUCGAUGGGCAGAUGCUUGAUGCUUCUCAGCUCAUCUGUGAUGUGGAGAAGCCGCUGGACUAUUCUGAUGGUGAUGUUCUACUGCAUGUCGGUGGGAACCACUCGCUCCUGUCUCCAAUUUGAAUAUGUGUUGAGGCGGGACCAGGAAGAAGAGUGUUGUCCCAAGUGUGUCCCGGGCUACAGAGUCAAAACAGACUGCACUGAGUCACAAAGCACAUCCUGCACUGCCUGUGAUGGUGGAACCUACAUGGACAAAUAUAAUGGAGAGAAACAGUGUUUCCAGUGUCUCAACUGUGCUGAAGGCACCGGACUGAGGGAGAUCAGCUCCUGCAAAUUCGACCAAAACACUGUGUGUGAACCUCUGGAGGGUUUCUUCUGUGUGAGCGGCUCAGCGAACAGAUGUGUGGCAGCACAGCAACACUCCACAUGUGCACCAGGACAAUACAUCAGCAGAGCAGGAACGUCCUCCACAGACACUGUGUGUGGAGACUGCAGUGAAGGAACAUUCUCAAAUGGAACCUUCAUGUCCUGUCAGAAUCACACACAAUGCUCCAGGCUUCAACAACCAGGAACCAUCUAUGCUGACUCUGUGUGUCUAGAAGGUUUGACAGCAGCAGAGGUGGCUGGGCUUGUUAUUGGAACACUUCUGAUCCUCUCCUGUGUAUCAGUGAUCCUGAUUGUGAAAAUGCGUCGACAUAAGAACUGUAAUUACGUCAGGUGAUUAGGCUGUAGUGAGGCCACGUGAUGUAAUUGCAGUUGUGCUGUAAACCUCUGGAUUCACUUUUUUUUUUUUAUCGAUCAAGUGACACAGUCUGGUCCCAAAAGGAACUUCAACAGACAGAGACUCUGUAAUGACAGCACAAUGACCAACUGAAAACAGCGUCUUCACUACAUUCAGACAGUCACUGUGUUGCUGUGCCACUCUCACAGAUGUUUCCACACGUUUGUUUUGCACCCGACUGUUUUGAUCUCAGGAACUUGAGUUUGAGAGGUUUGGCCCAAAAGUGCGGGCCUUUUCCAGAACAAAGAUAUUCUUUUCUUGUAUUGUUAUUUUUCAUGUUGUCUUUCUUUGAUAUGUACACAGUUAAACACUGUUAUUCAAGGUUUGUUUUCCUCAAUCUUCAGUGAUGAUGAUGUGAUGCUCAGUCACAUUUGUCGCUAUGAUGGUGAUCAGUUGAAAAAGAACCCUUUUUUCAUUUUACUGAAUUUAUGGUUUGAUUUCCAAAAUUAA